CGUCUGCAGCAGGAAUGGCAGAGCCCAGCGGGAUCCUGAUCAAAGGGGGCAGAGUUGUAAACGAGGACUGUUCCGUGAUCAGCGACGUUUACAUCAAAAAUGGGAAAAUAGUGGAAGUUGGACCGAACCUUCAGAUCCCGGCAGGAGUGCAGGUCAUCAACGCCACUGACAAACUAGUGAUCCCAGGCGGGAUAGACACGCACACACACAUGGAGCUGGCCUUCAUGGGCACCAGGGCUGUGGAUGAUUUCCACAUCGGGACCAAGGCCGCUCUGGCAGGAGGCACCACAAUGAUCUUGGACUUUGUCAUCCCACAAAAGGGGAAGUCUCUCCUGCAAGCCUAUGAGGUUUGGCGUAAGACAGCUGAUGCUAAGGUUUGCUGUGACUACUCGUUGCAUGUUGCUGUCACCUGGUGGAGCGAUGAGGUUAAGAAAGAGAUGGAAACUCUGGCCAAAGAAAAGGGAGUAAAUUCCUUCAAGAUGUUCAUGGCCUAUAAGGAUGUGUUCAUGCUUCAGGACUCCGAGUUAUAUGCUGCCUUUGCCCAGUGUAAGGAGAUCGGAGCUAUAGCUCAGGUUCAUGCUGAGAAUGGAGAUUUGAUCGCAGAGGGGGCCAAAAAGAUGUUGUCCAUGGGCAUCACAGGGCCUGAAGGGCAUGAACUCUGUCGACCAGAGGAGGUGGAGGCUGAGGCCACCCAGAGAGCCAUCACAAUUGCUCAUGCCGUCAACUGCCCUCUCUAUGUGGUCCAUGUCAUGAGUAAAUCAGCUGCCAAGGUGGUUUCUAACGCACGCAGGGACGGCCGUGUGGUGUUUGGGGAGCCGAUUGCAGCUGGGUUAGGCACAGAUGGGACCAACUAUUGGCACAAAGAUUGGGCCCAUGCUGCUGGUUUUGUUAUGGGACCUCCCCUUAGACCUGACCCCAGCACUCCAGGUUAUCUUAUGGACCUUUUGGCCAAUGAUGAUCUGAGUUUGACUGGGACAGACAACUGCACCUUUUCUGUGUGCCAGAAGGCCCUGGGCAAAGACGACUUCACUAAGAUCCCAAACGGAGUGAAUGGUGUAGAGGACAGGAUGUCGGUCAUUUGGGAGAGAGGAGUGCACAGCGGCAAAAUGGAUGAGAAUCGAUUUGUGGCCGUCACAAGCAGCAACGCUGCAAAAAUCUUCAACUUCUACCCACAGAAAGGCCGCAUCGCCAAAAACUCUGACGCCGAUGUGGUGAUAUGGGACCCCAAGAUGACAAGGAGGAUAUCAGCCAAGACUCACCAUCAAGCUGUGGACUACAACAUCUUUGAGGGCAUGGAGUGCCACGGUGUCCCAAUCAUCACCAUCUCCAGAGGCAAAGUGGUUUAUGAGAACAAAAAGCUGCAGGUAGAACCAGGACAUGGCAGGUUCAUCCACAGAGAGCCUUUCUCUGAGUUUGUUUAUAAAAGAAUCAAGCAAAGGGAUCAGGUGGGGAGACCUACAGCUGUGAUCAGAAAGCCCUAUGAAGGCAAAGUCUUGUCUGUUUGAACUGACCAGGAAGAUGAAAGUGUCUCUGAACCUCCAGCUGUGUCUUUGCAGAGUAAACCAGGUGCCAGAAAGGCGCAAAAGAAGAGACAUUUCACAUAUAGGGCAGUUUGAAAUGGGGCAGAUGUUUAAUUGACCUGAUUCAGGGUAUUAGCCUUUAAGUGAGCACUGCUCAACACCUCGUUCAGUUUUCUUCAGACUGAUUUACACCAUGGCACAUUUCUUUCUCUGUCUCAGGUCACUGAGUCAGAUCCAAUCCAGUUCAGCAUAGACCACUCUGCUGAUUAAAAGGUGUGAUGCAGUCAAGUGAAAUAUGCUUUAAUGAAAGAAUGUUUAAAAUGCAGCAACAAUAAAUCAGUGUGCAUC